AUGGGAUUUAGAAAAGUCCCCCGAGAUACCAUCCGUGGCAUUACCAAGCCCGCUAUUCGACGAUUGGCUCGACGAGGCGGUGUCAAGCGCAUUUCAGGCUCCAUCUACGACGAUAUCCGCGCGGCGCUGAAGGCCAGACUGGAGUUGAUUCUGAAGGACUGUGUCACUUUCACCGAGUACCGAAAUGCAAAGACCAUCACCAUCCAUGAUGUCCUCUUCGCGCUGAAGCGUAUUGGCCGUCCGAUCUACGGGUUUGAUCCCGAGACGUACAAUGAGCCACGCAAGGGUCAUGGUAUCCCGGCAGCUGCUGCCUCGCCUUGA